CGCAUCGGCUCGAGCGCGGGCCCUGCCGCCGCCCUGAGCAUCCCGACCCCGACCCCCGAGGGCAGGGAGAAGCGGGGGGCCUCCCCCCGCGGGCCGGCGGCGGCGAAGAUGGUGAUGUCCCAGGGCACCUACACCUUCCUCACCUGCUUCGCGGGCUUCUGGCUCAUCUGGGGGCUCAUCGUGCUGCUGUGCUGCUUCUGCAGCUACCUGCGGCGGCGGGUGAAGCGGCAGCAGGAGGAGCGGCUGCGGGAGCAGAGCCUGCGCGCGCUGGAGCUGGAGCCGCUGCACUACGAGGGCUACGGGGGCAGCCCCCCCGGCAUCGCCGUCCCCCACCGGCUCCGCAUGGAGCCCCACCACCACCACCACCACCACCCCCACAUCCCGCCCCCGCGGCCCUGGAGCUGCCGGCACGAGUCGGACCUGUCGAAGCCGCCGUGCUACGAAGAGGCGCUGCUGAUGGCGGAGCCCCCCCCGCCGUACAGCGAGGUGCUGAUGGACACGCGCGGGCUCUACCGCAAGAUCAACGCGCCCUUCCUGAGCCACGAGCGGCUGGAGAAGCAGGAGCAGCCCCCCAGCUACAAACCCCUUUUCCUCGACGCCGGCUACGGCUCGGCGCUGCACCUGCCCCGCUCGGCCAGCCCCGGGCCGGCCUGCCCGGACCUUUACCUGCAGGCAGAGUGCUCCCCGCGCAUGUUCCCCAGCUGGACGGACUCGGAGCUCAGCAGCAGGGACACCUACGAGCCAGGGCCGUGGCACCUCCCCGUCUCCAUGCCCCUCUUCGGCAGGACUACGGCCGUCUAGGGGUGGCCCCGGGGGAGCCGCAGCCGCCUGCGGGUGUCCCCCCGACACCGGGGGGGCUCGGCCACCCGCUGUUCCCGGGGACGACGUCCCCGUCGCGGGCCAUCGCCGCCAGCGCGGAAGGGGCUGGUUCCCCGUCUCGCCCCCCACCCGUCCCCUGCUGGCACCCCCGCGGCCGGGGGGGGGGCCCGGAGCCGGGCUCGGACUCUGCUCUGUUUCUUAUUUUGUUUGUUACAGUUUGAGAAUAAAAGUUUGUGGAUCC